AUGUGCGAAGAAGAAAUUUUUCGGACAGAAUGUCUUAUUUUCGCUGCACAUUGCGCUACUAUUCGUGGUGUGGCAAUCAACCCAGAAAUGCUUGGAGUGGCUUUGGGAAAACAUAAAGUUUUUGGAAAUGAAAUAACUACUCAGGAUAGAGAGGUGCACAAAGUGAUUAUUCAUGAAGACUAUGCUUACAAAACUUUAAAUAAUGAUAUUGCUCUGUUAAAAUUAAGCUCAGAAGCUGUUUUCAACAAUUACGUUCAACCAGCCUGUCUUUGGCUAGAUGAUAUAUAUGAUCAACUGCCCUCCUAUGAAGUGCAUGGGACUGUAGUAGGAUGGGGAAUUGAUCAGUUACAAAAAUUGGCAAAGAAUCUUCGAACAGCAACAAUGCCGAUAGUUGCAGACGUAACGUGUAUGCGAUAUGAACCUGUUUUCUAUACAAAGAUGUUAAACGGAAAAACGUUUUGCGCUGGCCACAAUAAUGGCACGAGCGCUUGCAAUGGAGAUAGCGGAGGAGAUAGUGGUAAUAUAGAAAACUGGGAAAAUGGAGCAAAAAAAAAGAAAUUUUUGAAUCUUAGUGCUACAUGUGUA